AUGUCUCUGGAGCCCGCGACAUCGGGGACUGUGCUUUGGCGGUCGGUCAGGGGGCCAAUGGAGGUGGCUCUAUUUGCCAAACAGAUCCCCAAUGGCACAAGGAGGUUUGCAGAGCACGUUCUGCGCGGCAACGAGAUGACCAUCACGAGGGUCACCGAGAAAUACGUAGAGUUGACAGGCCCGGGUGGCGAGGCUGUGGCGAAGGAGAGCAAUUCGCGAAUCCGGUUUUCGCAGCCUUACAUGGUGGUUGCAGAUACGAGGACGCCGGGAAGGUACGCCAUCACGCUCACCACGCAGGUAGGAGACGAGUUGGCUGACUGGACCAUUCUUGGCAAGGUGAGAGGCGACGCCGUGUACUGGCUACGUAACCUGGCGGGAUCGGGUACCGUGAAAGACGAGGAUGGUGUUUUGCAGUAUGCGGUGAAGGGCGUUGGCGGCGAUAUUCUUGAGAAUGUGUGGAACAUAAAGGACGAAAGACGGGAAGCGACCCAGAAUUUGGAGGUAAAAACGUCUCGAAAACAGGUAUCGUUGAGCUUUGAGGACGAGGACGAGGAGGCAACUGCAGAUGUUCAGAUACGAAUGCGGCCGGUUAAAAAAGUGAAGCGCGUACAAAAGAAGCAGAAAGAGGAGGAGAGCGAAAAAGCUGUGACGGAGUCGAUUACAACCGGGCCAGCGAGCACACCUCCAGCAGAGGAGGCAGGAAAGCCUUUGCGGAGUGGGGCCGAAGAUGCCCCAGUCACCCCCACCGACCCCACGCUAGAGAAACUGCGCAAGUUUCAGGAGUCGCUACGCCAACCCAACCGUUCCGCCAAAAAACCGCCAACUCACAGCAACGCAGAGGAGGGGAUCGACGGGCUGAGUUCAGAGGACGAAGAUCUCGAGUUUCUUAAUCAUCGCUGGAGUAAAUAA